UCUAGAAGCAUCAAGAUGAAACAGGCAGCAAUAGUAGUCCUGCUACUGACAGCCCUGUCGCAGGGUCUGUGUGCCCAGCGGCGCUCACGACCCCCAACGGCAAGGGCUGAAGCAACCAGCUACGGACCACCUGGAGCUGCCCCCGCGCCACAAUUCGCUCCACCCUCACCUGAACUGUCGUUCGCGCCACCAACUGGAGGACUACCGCCACCAAUUGUCGGACCGACACCAGUCUCCUACUCGCCACCAUUCUCACCACCAACACCACCGGCUGGAUUUGCACCUCCACCUCCACCACCACCUCCUCCACCGCCUCCACCACCACCGCCACCACCACCUCCACCACCAUCAGCUGCAGCGUUCGCGCCACCUCCAGCGCCUUAUCCAUCACAAGAGGUGAUAGCAGUCCAACCAACUUUUGCACCCCCACCUCCCGCUUUUGCACCUCCACCACCAGCAUUUGCACCCCCACCCGCAGCUUUUGCACCUCCACCACCUGCUUAUGCUCCACCACCCCCAGCUUUUGCACCACCGCCCCCAGCAUUUGCACCUCCACCACCUGCUUAUGCUCCACCCCCACCCCCAGCUUUUGCACCACCGCCCCCAGCUUUUGCACCUCCACCACCUGCUUAUGCUCCACCACCACCCCCAGCCUUUGCACCACCACCUCCUGCUUAUGCUCCACCGCCACCUUCAUCGCCAUCUGAUGCAUUCCCAGCUUUUGCACCACCUCCACCCGCCUUUGCACCACCAUCCCCAGCGUCCUAUACACCAUCAUUCAACCCAGUGCCACCAGAGGGCGGUGUCACCGCUGUCGGUGCACCAAGCUUUGCUCCUCCACCUCCACCUCCUCCUCCUCCUCCACCACCAGCUCCUGCCACAACGUAUGGACCGCCAUCCAUUUUCUAGAGUCUUCAUCUAGCUCUUGAUGAUGUGAGUGUGAUCACUAUGUAUUGAAAUGAAAAUGUGAGUGAUUAUGAUUAUGUAAUAAAAUAUUUCAAGUACAGUUGUAU